AUGGAAGGUCUCCUCUUCAGUAGCUUCUUCCUGCUGAAUCAGUUCCUACCGAUGAGUGGAGGUUGGCCAGUGGAGAAUUUAGUAGGAGUUGGAAAGACACUGCUGACCUUCAGGGAUGUGGCCAUCGAAUUCUCUCAGGAGGAGUGGGGAUGUCUGAAUCACAGUCAGAGGGAACUGUACAGAGAUGUGAUGUUAGAGACCUAUCGACACCUCCUCUUCUUGGGUCUUGUGUCAAAACCAGACCUGGUCAUCGUUUUGGAGCAAAAGAAGGAGCUGUGGGGUGUGAAGAGAAAAGAGACAGUAGCCUCACACCCAGGUAGGUGGGAGUGA